AUGCGAGUGGCCGUCGCUUCAGGCAGUUUCGAGCCAGACUCGCCGGCGCCCGCCCGUAGCAGUGAAGUCGCUACGACUCGCUACGAACGACCCGCUGUCGAUGCUUACGUAUCUCGCGCGAUCUGUGACGCACUGUGCUCUGUACCGCUUGAGCUACCAGGAGCGCUGCAGCAAUUACCAAACCUGGCACGUUUGCUCUUAACAGAUAACCCGCAUUUAGGAAUCACACAGCUGGAUACACAAUUGUUGGUAGGGACAGGCCGUAGACUUCAACAGAUCGAUGCAUCGAGAACCGGCCUUUGCCAAGUUCCUGAAGCGUUCACCCAUUCCGUACGUUUUCUAUCUCUCGUUGGAAAUAAAAUUAUGUCUAUAAGGUGCGGUGACCUCGAUAGCUACCCAUUGUUACAAUCAUUAGAUUUUUGCGACAAUAAGAUUGGUUCAAUAGAGGACGAUUCUCUAGGAAGACUGGAAAUGUUAUUGUUUUUAAAUUUAAAUAAAAAUCUGCUUUCUAACGUACCACGGUCACUUCCAGAUGGCUUGAAAUAUUUAUCUAUUAACGAGAAUUCAAUAAAAAAUCUUACUAAACCAGAUUUCAAGGAUUUACCUAAUCUUCGCAUUUUGUUAUUGAAGAGUAAUCAAAUACAAUACAUUCAAGAUAGCAUAUUUGAUGAUUUACUCUCACUAGAAAUGUUGGAUUUAUCUAACAAUCCUAUAAAGUUGUUGUCUCCUAGCACAUUUGAUGGACCGUUAUCGCUUCGAGACCUAAGACUGUGUCAUUUGAACAUAACUGUACCUGAACAAGAUGGUUCGUUUCCUCUGUCGACGCCUGAAAGCGUGCAAAUGCUCCAUCUCCAAUCUAGUCCCGGCUUAGCGAGACAAUUGUUAUCUGACUCAGCGGCUUUAGCAGCUUUUUCCCAUCUCCAGUAUUUGGAUUUACGGAUGAAUAAUCUUACGGAAAUACGAAAUGAUUUAUUAUUUUAUUUAGGACAGCUGAAAACUUUACGAUUACACGGCAAUAAUAUAAAUUGUAGUAAAGAACUAUGGCUUUCUGAUUGGCUUAAUUGGAAUAAAAGCCUUUUCCGCAGUGAAACCUGUUAUUACUCAACGCAAGAAGCAAAAUCGGAAAUCUCUAAAUAUAAUUGCACAUUUCCAGAAACAUUUACGAUCAGUGAAAGUUUGCCACCAGUAAAUUUAUAUAGUACUGAAAUGAUAAAUAAACUGCUCAGGUAUUAUGGGUAUUUAAGUAAUAAAACGGAGCGAGUUAAGCACACCUUUAACAGUUCCACUUUAAAGAAUAAUAUUGAUGGUUUUAUAUUUAACAGUAAUAACGAGACAAAUAAUGAUAUUUUACAAGGUAAUUUAUUGGUCGACGAUAUCGUUGAACUGAAUAAGCCUAUGAAUAGGAAAAAAAUAUUAAAUGAUUACUUAAAUGAAACGUUAUUUGUUAAGAUUAAACAAUCACGGAAUCUUUUAGAUCAGAAAAAAAUUGAAAAUGAUCCAUUAAAAAUUGAUCACAAUUUUUUAGAUAUUGAACAACACACGCCGUAUUCCACUCGAUUGAGUAUUAAAGAAAAUGAUAACGAAAAGGAAAUUUACCGAGGAAAACUUUCUGGAAAACGAUUAAAUAAACCAGUAUCAACAAAGGAGUCUAAAGCAAUUAUUUGGACAACAAAGAACCAAAUUAUGGGAAUUUCUGCUGUUACUGAGGCAUACACAGUAAAUCCAAACGUUAGCAAUCGUAGUGAGGCGGUCGACUGCACA